UACCGUCUGCCUGCACCAAUUUAACUUGUCAGUCUCCGAACCAUGUUGGAUCCCUGGCAUCUCCGGAUAUCUGGAUACGAAGUCAAGCUCCAGAAUGUAUGGAGCGUUUGGAUUGCUAGCCGCCGCCGAGUUACACAUAUUGUUGCUUCUGUUGUAUCGCACCCUCAAAGGUCAGGGUGGCUGGGGGAUCGAAAACCGCCUCAUGCGUAAUCUCAUGCAAGAUAAUUUGCUAUACUGUGGUUGCGGCUGUGCUUUUUCUCUCAGUAUAAUCUUCGCCACAAUGUUUUUUCUGUUGCACACAUGCUUGCAGAGUGUGGGGUUGUUGUUCAAGCCCUCUUAGUCACGCGAAUGCACAGGGACUUCUGGACAUCGGACCGUGCUUCGUGCGGCAUCAACACAGAUGCCU